CGCCCCUGAGAAUCGCCUCCCAUGCUUUCGCUCGCCCCUGUCGCCCUCUCCUUCACCGCGCCCGUCGCGCCGCUCGCGGCGGUGCGCACGCCGGCGCCGGAGAUGUUCUUCUCCGGCUCCAAGGCUGCGGCGCCCAAGAAGGCGGCCAAGAAGCCCGUCAAGAAGGCUGCCAAGGCGGCCAAGCGCGGCGGCGGCAAGGAUUACGCAAAGAUCUCCACCCGCCGCACCGCUGGCUCGUUCGUCGACGUGACCGGCAAGCCGUACGUCGAGGUCGACACCUUCGUCCCGCAGUUCGACGAGAUCGGGGUGCUUCCGCCCAUCGGCCGCUGGGACCCGCUGCAGAUCCGCGAGCAGGGGCCGGAGCGGUACCGCAGGUUCGUGGAGAUGGAGAUCAAGCACGGGCGGCUCGCGAUGGCGGCCUUCCUCGGCGUCAUCACCACCUACUCGGGCAUCCGCUGGCCCGGCUACCUCUCCCUCGCGGAGGGCAUCAAGUUCUCCGACCUGCCCGGCGGCGCGAUUGCGUCGUGGGCGGCUCUGCCCACCUCGGCGUGGCUGCAGAUCGUCCUCUUCAUCUCCUUCCUCGAGGUGUACGCGCUGAAGCAGGACCCCGAGAAGGACCCCGGUGACGUCGUCCCCGAGGGCGUCGCGUGGGCGCGCUACCCCGACGGCUACGACGUCUGGCUUGGCGACGGCUCGACCAAGCAGGUCGGCGAGGACGAGCUCUUCCUCGGAAAGACCUGGAAGCUCAACGCCGAGCGCAACAACGGCCGCGCUGCGAUGAUGGGCAUCACCGGCAUGCUGAUCCACGAGGGCCUGACCGGCAACCCGAUCUUCCCGAUCGGCGAGACGCUCUAAGCGGCUGGCCACACGGCCUGCGCCGCCGCUGCGGCAGCCCCGUUCGGCGGCGCGCCGGAUGGCGUUGCGGAUGGCGCCGGAGGGGCAGAGGAGAGGCCGAGGAUGUUCGGCGCCGGGAGCGAAGGCGUGGAGGGGCGGGAGCGCGAUUAUCAAGGGUAUGUGUCACGUGCGAGCGCAGCAGUGUAUGAUUGUGUCCGCGCGUUUCGCUGUUAGUUGAAACGUCUUCUACAUCUACGACAUGUCAAAAUAUGUUCA